UUCGUUUCAUCCUGAUGUUACCUUGUUCUUAAUGAGAUUGAGGAACCAUUUUUUUCCUCAAUUUUUGUUUUGUUUCUUUAUUUUUUCAUUUUCUUUUUGUUAAUUACUCAAUUUCAAUUCUAAUGUUGAUUCAUUUGAACAGUGACUUUUGAGAAAAGUGUUUUCCUUUUCUUUAUAUUCUACUUGUUGUUCUCUCUGUGUUUUCUUUUGGGAAUUAUGUCCAACAACAACAAGGAAAGGACCAAUCGAAGUGGUGAAGCAGUUAAACAGAUUCGCCAAUCUAUUGAAGAUGAUUACAGAAAAGAUCCAGAUUUAUUCGAUGAGACUGAUUAUAAGCGAGUGUUGAAUGAUGAUUGGUUUGUGAAGAGAUUUUUAUUGAUUUCUAAAAGGAAAGUUGAUCUUGGUUAUAAGGCGUUAAGAGCUGCUCUUUGUUGGAGAAAAGAAAUGAACCUGAGAUCAAUGAAAGAUUAUAAUUUCCCUGUUGAAAUUUUCACUAGCAGUUUACUUUUUCCUUAUGAAUGUGACAGGGAAGGUCACCCUGUUGUCUAUCUUCGUGUUUCUAAGUAUCGAAAGAUACCAGAGAUGGAAAAUAUUCUUCGACAAUAUGUAAUCCAUUUGCUGGAUAAAAUGGAUUCUUUCACUAAUGGAAAUGGUAUCGGUAUGAUCUUUGACCUUACUGGUGCUUCUACUUCAAGUAUUGAUUGGACCUUUUUGAAAUAUUUCACCGACACUGGAACCAAUUACUUUCCCUAUUCCAUCAAGUAUGUCCUCAUCUAUAAUCUUCCCUGGUAUUUAAACGCCAUCCAAAAGGUUGCCCUUUCCUUGGUACCAAAGGAGAACAUGGGAAUCAUCAAAUUCGGCAAAGGACCACAAAUUUUUGAUUAUGUCGAUGAGAAUAAUUUACCUGAUUUCCUGGGUGGAUCAUGUACUCGAGAUUAUCGUUACUCUCCUAAAGGUGCUCCCAAACUGGAGGAAAUGCUGUUGAAAGCUGAUGAAUUAAAUAAUCAGCAAAUUGACAAGAUUGUCUCAAUAUUUACAGAGAUGUCGAUACCUGAUAAAGAAACCGAGGGUAAAACUUAUAUCAAUCCAACAAAUAUGUAUGAUGAGAAAGCAAAUGACAAUUUAAUCAAAACAACAGCUAUUGAAGUUACACAAGAAGCACCAGAAAUGAACCAAACCUACUUGAUCAUUGAACCAAAUCAGUUAAUAUUUUCUGAUAACUUGGAUAAUGAACAUUUGUCAAGUCAACUGUUAAUCCAUAAUAUCUGUGAUAAGGUGAUUGCCUUUAAAAUCAAGUCCAACAAUAGCCUAAAAUACCGAGUGACCCCUGCAAUUGGAUUAAUUUUACCCAAAUCAACAUUUAAAGUUAAUCUUGUCCGAUUGAUUGGACUCGAAGGUAUCGUCCGAAAUAAUAAAAUUGACAAAAUUUUGAUUGAAAGUCAACCCGUUACUGUAAAAUCAAUGACUGGUUCAGAAUUUUACAAUCUAUGGUGCAAUCAGGAUGAAGAAAAUAAACAAUUGAUCAAAUCUCAUUGUAUUACCUGUAAAAUUAACAAAAGCUCAACUGGUGAGAAAAAGAAAGUCCAUCGAGUCCAUUUCAAGGCCCGUGAAGAUGAACAAGACUCGAAGAAGCAACAGCAACUCCAUAUACACCAACGAAUGGCAGUUCUUCAGAAAAAAUAUAUUUCCUUCGAGAGUCAACAUAAUAAAACUUCACUCAUAUUCAGCAUCACGAUAACAUUUUUCAUCAUAAUCAUGUCCUACUUUCUGGCCACUCAUUCGGACCUCAAAACUGUUCGUUACCUACGAAACAACGCAACCUUAAUUUCAUCGGACCAAUAAUCUGUUAAUCUUCAAAUGAUUGAUUUACCUGUUAGAAUGAACAAAGAAAUUACCUUUUGAUUAACUUAAACAUUUACCAUGAUGAGGCUACAAUUUUUUUGGACAAUUAACUCACUUACCUUGACCAUUCAAAGCAAAUGAUAAAUUGUCGAGAGGCUGAAUCACUUAUUUUGAUCGUUAAUUCAAUUGUAGCUGAUGUGACGAGCAACCAAUGUUUAAUAUUCACGUUUCAUGGGACUAAAUCAAGUGAUCAAGUGAUAAUUAAUUAAAUUGUAAUUUAAGGAGUUUUUUUUUCUCUCAAAAAUUUGCUUAAUCUAAAAGUUAAUUACUUGUUUAGAUGAUGAGAGGUCACAAAUUUUCAUACUCACCUUGAAACUUUUUUGAUUAUUUGGAUUAUUGUAAAUUUUGAUCAAUGGAUUGUGAUAUUUGAUUAACUACAAUCAACCAAUUAAUCAUGUAAAAGUAAACAAGCUAUAGCAAACAAAAAGUUUAAUCAACUCAACAUGGAAAACAAUAAUUACCAAGCAGUUUGAUUACCAAUUAUCCUUCAAUUAACUAAAUCAAUUUCUUUAAUUUUUGUCAUAUUUUUGAUUUUCUUUCUCUUCUAAAUCAGUCACAAAUUUUAAUCACUUUUCUUUGAUUGUAAUUUCUUUUUCUUAUCAUUUCAAUUAAUAUCAUUUACGUUUAUUGUUAAUUUUUGUAUUUUAAUUGUACGAUUAUCUUUAAUUUCGUUAUAUUGUGUAACUGAAAAAUUAAUAAAUCAGUUGUUGAUUAUUAA